GAGCGGGAGGAGGAGGAGGAGGAAAAGGAAGAAGAGGACAGGCAGAGGAGCACAAGACCUGUCACCUUCACGCUGGGCAAUGAGAUGCUGGGGCUGGGCCCGAGCCCGGAGAAUGAGUUUCAGAGCCCUGAUGCUGAAGUCUACAUGCACUUCAUGAGGAGCCACUGCUGCUAUGACGCCGUCCCCACCAGCUGCAAGCUCGUCGUCUUUGAUGUCUCCCUGGAGAUCAAGAAAGCCUUCGUGGCACUGGUGGCCAAUGGGGUGCGUGCCGCCCCGCUCUGGGACAGCAAGACACAGAGCUUUGUGGGGAUGCUCACUAUCACCGACUUCAUCAACAUCCUCCACCGCUACUACCGCUCACCCCUGGUUCAGAUCUAUGAGGUGGAGGAGCACAAGAUUGAGACAUGGAGAGAGGUGUACCUGCAGGGCUCCUUCAAGCCUCUGGUCUACAUCUCCCCGAGCAAUAGCCUCUUCGAUGCUGUCUACUCCCUGAUUAAGCACAAGAUCCACCGUCUGCCUGUCAUUGAGCCCAUCUCGGGCAAUGUCCUGCACAUCCUGACCCACAAGCGUAUCCUCAAGUUCCUCCACAUAUUUGGCUCCACCAUCCCCAAGCCACGCUUCCUGAAGAAAACCGUGCAGGAGCUGUGUGUUGGCACCUUCCGUGAUGUGGCUGUUGUGCCUGAGACUGCCCCUGUCUACACUGCCCUGGAGAUUUUCGUGGACCGACGUGUCUCUGCCCUGCCCGUCAUCAAUGAUGCUGGGCAAGUGGUCGGCCUCUACUCCCGGUUCGAUGUCAUUCACCUGGCAGCCCAGAAGACCUACAACAACCUGGACAUCAGCGUGCGGGAGGCCCUGCGGCAGCGCACCAUCUGCUUGGAGGGGGUUCUCACCUGCUACCCCCACGAAACCAUGGAGGACGUCAUCGACCGCAUGGCCAAGGAGCAGGUCCAUCGCCUGGUUCUGGUGGAUGAGAACCAGUACCCACGGGGCAUCGUCUCCCUCUCCGACAUCCUCCAGGCCCUUGUGCUCACUCCCGCAGGUAGGCGCUGCCCCCCGCCAAUGCGCGCCUGUCCCCUCCCCAACGCUGGGUCACCAUCACCUCCCUGCUCGGGCCACUGGCCUCCACCCCAGCCAAACUGGCCCAGGGGAUGGAGGAGGCUGGGGCUGGGGUCUGGCAGCGCUGGGUGCCCAGGUGGGGAUGGCAGGACCUGGAUGCUGUUUGUCCCUGGGGACACAAGGACCACAGGGGAUCCCUCCUGGGGUCCUGAUCCCAGGUGUCUGUGAGAAAGGAUGGGGGCAUCUGCCACGGAGACACCCCCAGACCCCCAUCCAGGCAGUGUAUGGGAUGUGUGUUUUGCAGGUCCCUGGGCUUUGGGCUGGAUGAGGGUUU